AUCACCAAGAAUUCCUUGGAGAAAAUCCUUCUGCAGCUGAAAUGCCAUUUCACAUGGAACCUAACCAUGGAAGACAAUGUCUCUGAUGGUUUAGAAGACAGAGUGUGCAAUCAGAUUGAAUUCUUAAACACUGAGUUCAAAGACACCAUGUACAAUUUGUUGGCCUACAUAAAACACCUGGAAGGUCAAAAUGAGGCAGCCCUGGAAUGCUUACAGCAAGCUGAAGAGUUAAUCCAGCAAGAGCAUGCUCACCAAGUGGAAAUCAGAAGUCUGGUCACCUGGGGAAACUAUGCUUGGAUCUACUAUCACAUGGGAAGGUUCUCAGAAGCUCAGCAUUAUGUGGACAAAGUGCAACAGGUCUGUGAGAAGUUUUCGAAUCCUUACAGUAUUGAGUGUCCUGAGCUUGACAGUGAGGAAGGGUGGACCUGGCUGAAGUGUGGUGGAAAUCGCCAUGAAAGAGCAAAGGUAUGUUUUGAGAUGGCUCUUGAAGAAAGACCCAACGACCCAGAAUUUUCCUCUGGCCUGGCAAUCGCAAUGCACCAGCUGGAUAAGACACCACAACAGCAGUUCCCUGUGGAUUUGUUGAAGCAGGCCAUUGAGCUGAAUCCUAACAAUCAGUAUAUUAAAGUUCUCCUGGCCUUGAAACUGCAGAAGAUGAAGGGAGAAGGUGAAAAGGAGUCAUUGGUUGAAGAAGCCCUGCAGAAAGCACACCAUCAGACAGAUGUCCUUCAGAGUGCAGCCAAAUUUUACAAAAGAAAGGGUGAGCUAGACAAAGCUAUUGAACUGUAUCUAAGGGCAGUGGAGUCCAUGCCAAACAACAAUUACCUCUAUUGCCAGAUCGGGAGCUGCUAUAUGCAAAAAGUCAAGCAAAUGGAAACUACAGAAGAAAAAGUGGCGAACAAGACUAGGGAAAUUGAGGAACUAAAGCAAUGUGCUGCAGACUAUUUUAAGAAAGCUCUCGAGAAAAAAACAGAAUGUCCUUUUGCAUAUGCCAAUCUUGCUGAACUCCUGGCACCAAAAGGUCUAUACAGACAGGCAAAAGAAUGUCACCAGGUCGCAUUCAGUCAGGAAGCUGAGAGGCAGCAACCCCAUCAGUGGAGUGGCUGCUCUCAGGAAUAUCACGUGACGUCUGAGGUUCCUGCCCUCCAACCGUAUUUGGAAGAUAUACAGAGAAGCAAAACGUCUGCAGAGCAGGAAAUGAUGAGAGACAAACUGCAGAGCACAGCUGAAAAUCACCUCUCACUAAAGGCACCAAAUUCUUGGUAUCACCAAGGACUGAGCCACAAGGCAAAUGGAGAUAUAUCACAAGCGGUGGAGUGUUACGAGAAGGAGCUGGGCCGCCGACUACAGAACACCCCAUCAGGCUUGGGCAACUUGUUCCUGCCAGCACCAGAGGCUGGGGAGGACAGUGAAGAGAUGGGCCAGAGGACACACGGCCCUACUCCCAAAGAACCUCCCAACCCCUAG